AUGCAACUCUCCAUCUUUGGCGUAAGCGCUUCUCGCAUUGCCCAUUGCCCCACGGCUGUCGCCGCCACGAAUAGCAUCACCUUCGACAUCUGGUUCUAUCAAGAUGGCGCCAUCUCCCCCGUGCCCUGCGGACCACAAAUCUCCGUGGGCUUCAACGACACGGUAAGCAACAACAGUUGCUCUACAUGGCGCAUCGCGACCGCAGACGCCGUCACAAUGUCGGUCAGACAGACCAUCCCACCGUCAUUGCAGACCAACGACGAGCAGACGUGCACCGUUUACUGGGUCUGGUCAAACAACGGCGUGGUCUCACCGUCGUGCGCUGAUACUGUCUUGGUCACCACGGCUGAGUUGUCUGCCUACGUUUGCUAUCAAGCACCAAAUACUAGGGUUUUUGGGCUGAAUAUUGUGUGUGAGCCGAACUAG